UAUAAAUAUCGACUUGAUCAAUUGUUUCUUUGUUAUUGGAUUAAUUAAAAUGUCAAUCGUAUUCGUUUUUGCCUUAAUAACCCUUGCACAUUAUGUGAUAGCCGAUUCAAGUUGGGCCGAAUUGCAAGUGCCAAUACCACCACCAUCUACACCAGUAGACGAUAAUUUUACGUAUUUUACGAAUCCAUGUCGUAUCGUCUAUCGAGUUGAUGAUGAAAAUGUUGAAAAAGACGCGUGUUCAUUUUUCUCGGUGGAAAAUGAUGUGAUUUUUCAGUUAUUUACACAAAAAAAUCCAACCGAACCACAAAUUUUGGAAUUAAACAAUGACACGACGGUGAAAACAUCGCAUUUUGAUUGGCGAAAUCCAACAAGAAUCUUGAUUCAUGGAUGGUGUUCAGAAGGACUAUUAACACCACGAUUUGCUGAUGCAUAUCUUGUUAGAGGCAAGCAUAAGGUCAAUUUCAUUGCGGUCAACUGGCAAAAGGGGUCAGAUAUCUGGAAUUAUCGCUGUGCUCGUUAUCGUGUCAAUGAAAUGGGUGAACAUGUCGCACGAUUUGUUGAUUUUAUGUCAAAAGAAGCAAGGCUGAAAAUUCAAGACUUGACUAUCGUUGGACAUAGUUUGGGCGCACACAUUUCAGGCAUAGCUGGAAAAAAAAUUACAAAUGGAAAGGUGGGAAAGAUAGUAGGACUGGAUCCGGCACGAUUUUUUUUCAAAUUUGAGGAAGUCGAAAAUCGACUUGACGCCACUGAUGCUUCAUAUGUUGAAGUCAUUUAUACCUGUUCUGGAACAUUGGCAGUCACUUGGCCAAUUGGUGCUACAAACUUUUAUCCGAAUGGCGGCCGGUCUCAACCUGGUUGUGGAAUGGAUAUAUUAGGACCGUGUGCUCAUGGCAGAGCAUAUGAAUAUUAUAUUGAAAGUAUUGCUAAUGUUAUGCCACAAUUUUUGGCCCUUGAAUGUGAUUCACUUGAAAAUUUACAAAAAGGCAACUGUUCGGUGGUAAAUGAGGUUAAAGAAAUGGGCGGCGAACCGGGCAAUAAAAACGGAAAAGGUAUAUUCUACCUUCAAACAAAUGAUAAAUCUCUAUUCGCAAAAGGGUAUCAAGGUAUCUUGGAGACUCUCAAAACGGCAAAGACCAAAAGUUCGAUGAAAUUGAUUUUGCAAAAAAUAUUCAUGAAAAAGCCUACACAUGACUUUAUCGAAACAAGCUGAGAGGCGACAAGCAUUUUCACAAAUAUUCCACUUCUGUUCAAUUCAAAUAUAAAAUAAAAAGAUUAUUGCUAAUUUCACAUCACAUAUCAUCCGGAAAAUUGUAAAAUUCAAUUUGC